AUUAUUGUGGCUGUUGGUGCGGCCGACAAAAGCAAAAGAAAAAACCCAAAAAAACAUGGUCUUUCCUAGUCGGGGCUGCAUCACUUGUAGAAAACGGAGAAUUAAGUGUGAUUCUGUUCAUCCUACCUGUGGUAGAUGUAAUAAGGCAAGUCGGAGUUGCGUCUGGGACGAGAACGAAGAGGCUGGUUUGGUGUUCAAGAGUGAAAAUGCAUUCGCUCAGGGUAAACCUCGUCGCCCGUGGAAAGCGAAAGAACGGGAUGCAAAGGCAGGAGUAGAAACAUCAGCGUCUUCACCGGAUCUCUCGGUAUCUUCAACCCCAUCAUCUGUCCCCGAAGAGGAUGAAGCCUUUCGUUUCUGGCUCGAAAACUUCAUGUUUAGGGAUGAUGAAAUCCCUGAGUUCGUACGCGAGUACAGUCACUACAUCAUAACAUACCGAGAUAAAACUCAGCCUGGUUCGAGUCUGCACUUGGCCGUGUCGGCUCUUUCUCACGCUGCCUUCGGCCGAGCGAUGCAAGAUGAGAAAGCCAUUCAAGAUGCCGAAUCGUUGUUCUCCAGGAGCAUAGCGAAAAUGCAAACCGUGUUUCGUGAAUUGACUCGGGAUAAUAUCCAUGAGAUUCUGGUCACGGCCAUGUCGAUGGCCUUCUACGAGAAUAUCAUGUAUGGACACGAGAGGCAUCAUAGCCGAAAAAGGGAUUCGUCGUCAUCUUGGGAUCCCGACAUAACAGGAUCUCGGUUCUGGGAGAAUAUCUGUCAUCACGAAGGUGCUGCAGGUUUGCUGAAACUAAGGCAGGAACGCGGGUGGACGCCAGACCUUUCCCUCGAAAGAGCAGCGCGACGGCAGCUGGUCCGAACGUGUAUUCUCCGGGGUACACUUACAGCUCCAUGGCUUCAAGACGGGGCAGAGUUUGGUGAAAAAGGGCCAGUGCUGGAUAUCGACUCGAUCAUGGUCCGCGUAGCCAGCCUUCGCUCAAGAUCCCUGCACAUUUUCCUUCCAAAGGGUGAGAGAUUCUCAUCUCAGCUCAGCCCGAUCGAUAUCGCAUCCGAGGCUCGAGAUUUAGAUAUUGCCUUGGAAUCGUGGUCUCGUAAUGUUCCUGAGGACUGGAAGUUUUCCACACAUCAAGACCCUUUGAUCGAUGCCACGUUCGAUGGAUUGAUUCACACUUAUGCCAGUCAUGGUCAUGCGACCAUUUGGAACCGGUACCGUGCUGUUCAUAUAAUCAUCAACAGCGUUCGAAAACGGGCACUCUCGAUCGCUUCUCACUGUUCAUCUCAAUCCAUAUCGACAAAUAUGGAACAGGAAUUGUGCCUCGAGAAGAUAUCCUUACUAUCAACAGAUCUGUGUCGAUGCAUUCCCUUUUUCAUUGCCUCGCAACCCGUAACGGAAAACUCUCCGCCUAAGGAAUCAACUAGCGCCAACGACGCUGACAAUGCUACCAACGUUCGGUAUGAAAUCUUACCUAAACUUGCGACACUCUUAGCAUGGCCCUUGACGUUAGCUGUUAGCACAGAUGCAGUACCAGAGCCCCAAAAGCAAUGGCUGAAAGUAAAACUGAAAUCCAUUGCGAGAUCUUUAGGAGAUUCUAUCCUAGAGACUGUUGCUGAACAGAGCGAAUUCAAGUUCUAAAAACUUACACACACUACCUAUGGCUUGAAAUAAGUGUAC